AUGCAUUCCAGAGAGCCGGGCCAGCUAGAGCAACAAAGGAGCCGGGUAGUCGGCAGGGAGAGCUCAGGGGGCUGCGGCGCGCUCGCGCGGAGGUGGCUGCUGGGCCGCGGGCUGGCGUGGGGGCGGAGCCGGGGAUCGACUCCCGCACCCCUCGGCCAGCGCCUGGCCUCCAUCGAGGGGCUGGGAGUUGGUUUUAAUGGUGGGAGAGGGAAUGGGGCUGGAGAUCGGAGCCCCAGGGGGCUCCCAGGGCUGAAGACAACUCCGACCGCCAGGCGAGGGAGUCUGGAGUCCGUGCAUCCUGGCCCGGGCCUGCGCUGCCCAACAUGGGGCCCGGGUUCCAAAGUUUGCAAAGUUGGGAGCCGAGGGGCCCGGACGCGCGCUGCGCCUGGCGAAAGCCGGCCCCAGACUCACGGGGCGCACCGGUCGCCUAAGUAG